UUUCUCUCGUUUUUCUGUUGUGCGCCGCGUUGGUUCUCUUGCUGCAAGUUGCAGCCUCACACUCGUUUAUCGAUACACUUUCGAUCUUUUUGUUAAUAUCUAAUCAUGAAGCUGUGUCCGACGACUCUGGGCUUGGUUGCCAUGUUCUUGGGCCUGGGGGAGGCCCAGGUAACAUGGCCCAAUGCCAUUGAUGAGUUGGAGGAUGUUAUGUUUCUUAAUUCGGGGUAUAGGAGUAGAGGAUUUGGUACCCACGUUACGCCAUGCAGCUUCUCAGAAUUUGGAGCUGGACGUAACACGGCUGCCGAAUGGCUUCGGAUUGGCUUCCAUGAUAUGGCAACGACAAAUGCGUUCGUUGGAACACAUGGCGGAGUUGAUGGGUCCAUACAAUUCGAAUUGAAUGACGGGGAGAACAUCGGUCUCGGGUUCAACACGACCUUGCAUACCUACGCCAAUUUUUUCAACAGCAAGCUGUCUAUUGGUGACCUUGUGGCCCUUGGGGUCUAUGCAAGUACUCGAACGUGUGGCGGACCCAUUAUUCCCAUGCGUGGUGGAAGGAUAGACGUGACAGUUGCAGGCCCAAUUGGUGUUCCGCAGCCUCAGAAUGGACAGGGAAUCUUCAUCAAUCAGUUCACGAGAAUGGGAUUCAACACGACCGACAUGAUCAAGAUGACUGCUUGUGGCCACACGCUUGGAGGAGUUCAUGCUGGCGACUUCAACAAUAUCGUGGCACCAGGAACUGUGGCCAAUGACUUCCAGCUCUUCGAUAACACCUUGGAAUUCGACAACGCAAUUGCCACCCGAUACGUUAGCGGUCCGGAUACUGAUCCUCUGGUUGUUGGGAUUUCGGUCGCCAAUACAAGAAACUCGGACUUUGCUGUCUUCACUGCUGAUAAGAAUGUCACAAUCCAGGCAAUGACAGAUGCAGCAACGUUCAACAGCAUGUGCCAGGACAUUCUCCAGAGGAUGAUCGAGACCGUGGAUCCAAGUAUUGUGACACUUUCACCUAUUAUUGCACCGUACGAAGUCAAGCCCGAAGGUCUUCAGCUCACCUUACUCUCCGGCGGUGCUACAAUCUCGUUUACUGGCGAUAUUCGGGUGAGGACCACAACUCGCAGUGUGUCUAGUGUUUCCAUCACAUACCUUGACCGAACCGGGGCAGCAGGAGGAACCAUCACUACGGCUGUCAGCGGUACGGCCAGUGGUUUUGAUGAUAGCUUUACAUUUUAUGGCAUCAACGCGAACAUCCCGGCGUCUUCAUCCAUCUCGUCUUUCACUGUGGUGGUUACGGGUACCAGCGGUACGAUUGAAACUUUCAAUAAUAACGGGGCUGGAUUUCCUAUUUCGGAUUCGGUCAUCGUGCAGACUCCUCAGAGCUGUUUGAGCAACGGAAAUCUCACCGUCCUUGCAGCAGUACGAGCCACAGUCACUACACCAGUGAGCCUGAAUGUCACCGAAAAGGUUCCCCGGACCGCGGGAAGUCCCAUCGUUUCUCCAGUGCCGUCUUUGGUCACCACUUCCACCACUAUGGUCAAGGGGGCUGCAGUUGGGCCCUACAAUAUCUAUAGCGGUAGUGUUUCUUAUAGUUCCUCUUCUGGGCUGAAGUAUGGUGUUGGUAGUGGAACUUUCGCAGACUCGUUCAAAGAUGCUUCUGCUUUGGGGACGGCGUGCUCACCCCUUGGGACGACUCUACCAAGUAGCACAUCCUCGAGUACGAGUAGCAAAACAAGCACCUCUUCAUCGGCUACUGCAACCCCGACACUCGCUCACAAGGCCACUGUCGGUCCUUAUUCAUACCUCGGAUGCUAUACUGAGGGCGUCGGGGUUCGGGCUCUCUCAUCGGCUGCAUUCUACAAUUACACUGGUAUGACGAUUGAGCAAUGCAUGAGUGAUUGUUCUGGCUAUUCGUACUUCGGCGUGGAGUAUGGAGGAGAAUGUUAUUGUGGCAACGCCCUCGGCACGGGAUCAAUUUUAGCUGCCUUGAGCGAUUGCUCUUUCAUUUGCCCGGGCAACGCUUUUGAGUAUUGUGGAGCUGGCAACAGGCUUGAGAUGUACGAGUUGACGUCUCUUGUCUCAAGCAGUAGCGUCGUCCAAUCGACCACGAGCAAGACUAGUUCCUUGUCUUCAGUAGCCUCCAGCACCUCGACGACCAAAACUGUGACCUCGACAUCCUCCUCGUCUAGCGUGGCACCGUCUCAAACUCUUGGAAUCAAACAGACUGUUGCAGGAUACACCUUCCAAGGAUGCUAUACCGAAGCUACAAAUAUUCGUGCCCUCUCAAGCGCCUCAUUCUAUGAUUAUACCGCUAUGACUCUUGAGGCAUGCGCUGCGGACUGUGUUGGCUACACCUACUUCGGCGUGGAGUAUGCUGGAGAGUGUUAUUGCGGCAACGUCAUCAAUACUGGUUCAGUUCUCGCCGCAGCGAGUGACUGUUCAAUGGUUUGUCCGGGGAACGAAUUUGAGUAUUGUGGCGCAGGGAAUCGCCUCGAAAUGUAUAAGAUUGGGACUGUAACUGUCAGCACCUCAUCAAGCUCAACAUCUAGUACUUCGACGUCGUCAACGCUGAGUACCGUGGUAAGCAGCAGCACGAGCAAGACCUCCACGACGACCACGGCGAAGCCCACGCAGACCGCUCCAGCUAUCAAGCCAGUCAUUGGAAGUUAUAAGUACUACGGCUGCCAAACAGAAGGGACCAACAUCCGAGCCCUGACCGGAGCCUCGUUUUAUAACUACACCUCGAUGAACCUUGAGAUGUGUGCGUCUAAUUGCGCCGGCUACAAGUACUGGGGCGUGGAAUACGGAGGAGAGUGUUAUUGUGGAAACGCCUGGAAUACCGGGAGUGUGAACGCUACGGCGAGUGACUGCUCGUUCUUGUGUCCGGGGAAUUCUCUUGAAUAUUGUGGGGCAGGGAAUAGAUUGAGUGCUUAUUAUUUGCCAUAAAAAAUAUAUAGAUGUGGAGAAGGUAGAGUUUGUAUAUAAAGGAGGUUGGAUAUAUAGUGUUUAAUGACUGUGAUGAGAUGGAUAUCAAAGGUGGUUUGGGGGAUGCAUUCGGCGAAUGUGAAAAGAGGUUGUAGCUGAGGGUCUUUUUAUUAAUUCCUUUGAUACAUGAAUAAUCUCUCAAUUCAUGAGGAAACACGCUCACGGUGGACAAAAAAGCGACGCUAAAUUUUCAACGUCCCAAGUCAAGUUGGACUAUUCCAGGUGCUUUCUCUUUGAAUAUUUGGUCAAUUUAUAGCAUAUUGGAAGUUUACCUCCUCCGAGUGUACCCGAGCU